CUGACACUAGCAAAGAUCUGCCGGUGUCCCAAUCCAGUGAUUCUAUGGCUGAGCAACACCUUGAGACAACACAUCAUCCACAUGUCCAGGCGCGGCAUAAGGAGGCCACAUGCUCCUUAUCACACUGUGAUGAAACAACUAACAGUGCUACCACAUCGUCUACAUUUCCAAGAGGAGCAGUGGCUGAGAUAAAGAUGCCACAACAAUCACUUGGCUAUCUUUUACACCAUCCCCUGAAUCAGCCAACAACCAAUCCAACUAAGCCAUUAGUCACACAGAUGCAGCCUCCUAUGUUACCACCUCCUCCUCUCCCAAACUUCCAGUCAGUAGAUCUCCACACCCAACUACCACUGACUAGUGAUCCUCUUGUGAUUUCAGAUAGUGAAACACCAAUAACACACAAACAGACAUCAGUUGUUACCAGCAAAGGUUUGAGUUCAACCCUUCAAUAUCUACUCAUUGAAAGUCAAUCCCAUUUGACAUUAACAUCAUCACGUACAAAAUUGCAGUCUUCAAAUCAAGUCAGUGAUGAAUUGUUGAUAGAGUCUCAUACUCAGGUUUCUAACGUCCGUGCAGUGUCUUUAGCCAGUCAAUUUAAAGAACCCUUCACUGAGACGUCCAAGCCUUCAGUGGUUGGACCUAUUGGCUUUCUCAAGUUGGAUUUGUAUUCAAUUACCCAGUCUUCAGCAUCACAAGCUGAAUCACACCAAACUCCAAUUGAUCAACUGGUUACAAAAAGUCAAUUUUACCAAUCCUACUAUGAGCCAACCACAUCCCAGAUUUCUCAAACCAAACUCGAGCAUCAAGUUCAACGUCUCCACCAGAAAACUCAUCUGCAGCUUUCACCAACCAUCUCGGAAAUAACUAAAACUGAUCCUCCACAAUCAUUUACUCAAAGUCUUUUUCCAAAGUUCCAUCAUGAGCAAACAAAAAUCACACAUGAUUUACCUUUCACACAUCCUCCACCUUCUCCAUUCACGAAGCCUCAACAAUCCCAAACUUACAGUCAACCUUUCCCUGCAAAACCAACUUUAACCAAAUCUUCAACUCCAACACAACAUCCACUGCUCCACUCACAACCUCCCCUACCACAGACAGAAACAUUUCCGGUCCAACACAAAGACCCUCUUCAAAUCCAGCCUUCAAUCUCAACCAUUCAUCAGACAUCCGAUCAUUCAACGCUAAACCCUGAGAUUCUUGUUGUCCAUCAGGUCAAUGUGUCUGAUCAGAUACAGCUAAAUACUAGCCAGCAAGGUGACCCAGUUCAGUCAAAUAAAUCAUCAAAUGACACAGAGCUUACAGAAGGGCUGAAGAGGAACACCUCCCAAUCCCCUAUGACCAGCAAUGAUCCCAGAGUAACGCAGCAGUCUCCAUCAUGGUUGCCUGUGCUGGAGAAACAUGACAUUCCCAUCGUGGUGGGAGUGGGCGUAUCUCUGGCCUUCAUCUUCAUCACUGUAACCUUCUAUUCAGUGGUCCAGAAGAACGAACUUGCAACAACAAGCCGAGCAGGUCAGAGAUCCUCAGCCGCAUCAAUUGUCAGCACAACUAUUUCACAUUCUGAGCAUGUUCAGAGGAAUCUAGGGGUCCCCAUACGACACACUGAACAUCGAGCUGCAGGACGUACAUACGAAAACAGAGCUUUUGAAGACGAUGACUGUGUGGCCGUGAUUGAGCAGAGCCCCAACACAUCAGACACCCGAGCCCGACCUCCAGGACCAAGCCUGGUCACGGUGCAGAUGGAGCCGACAUUUGAGGAUCUUCAGGAGGACACACAGCCUGCUCUAGACGAUCACUUAGUCACUAUAGAGACUUAUCCUGAGCCCAUUCUUGACACAAAGGUUGAACCCUCUCUGGAGGAGGAGAAGGGCUGCAGCUUGUCGCAUCCGAGCAUCCAGCUGCAGUGUGCUGAGGAUUGGACCAGUAACCGAGGAGACAACUCUAGCCAAUGCCAGGAUGCCUUGCCUCCCCCAUCAUCCUUACCCUCCCGUUCACCUUCCCCCUCUCCACCAUCAACACGUGAGGAGGGCCUCCGCUCCUCGUUAACCCUGCAAAGUGCUGAGGCAUGUGUAGCACCCAUCCACCACAGCCUCACCAUCUCACAUGGAAACCCUCCCCGGCUCCUUUCUCACCAUGUCUCCUUGGGCCUUACUACAGUAGCAGUGGAUGUCCACUUUUACCCAGCAACCACUGCUUCAACGGCAGUAGGCACUAGCACUCAUAUCAAUUCCGUCUCUAAUUGCACUUCAGUGACGGCACCUGUGUUCAGUCCCCCAUUGGUUAAUAGUCAGGAGAAUGACCAAUUAGCUGCCAGAGUUCAUCAGUGUAAGUAACAACAGAUCAUCAAGUCCAAGACAUCCUUAUCUAUUGUAACCAACCCGAUUUCAAGAUAAGCCAUCAAAACUAUUUUGAUAUGAAAACAUUUUUAUGUAUUUGGCAUAUAAUAACUGAACAAUUAGCACAGGAUGACAACUUGUAAAAUGUAUUUUUUUUUAUUUACUGUGUCUUUAAGUAUGAGGUUAGAGCCCGGAGGUGAUUAGUUUAGCAUAAAGACUGGAGACAGGGGGAAACAGCUAGCUUGGCUCUGUUAAAUGUACCUAAAAACUCCUUUUAAAAUCACAUGACCGCACUAAAAAAAAAUUUAUUUAAAGUGCUCACCAAUGUGAUGUGAGCGCAAAUCUGAAUGUAUCAGUUUGCAACUUAUAAAUGUGACUUGAAUGUCUUUCACUCCCGCAACUCUUACAUGCUGUGUUUUACUGUUCCCCCUCCAGGCUAGAUGUUUCUACCUGCCUUCAGUCAUAAUGCUAAGCUAGGCUAACUGCCUCCUGACUUGAGCUCUGUAUUCAGAACUAUUUUUAACAUAUUCUGUAUUAGCAUCCACAUCUUUCUGUGAAUCUGUAUUUCAUAGCUUUAGUACAGUACUUUCUGUACUACUCCUUGUUGUCACAUGUUUGCUGUCAUUUUAUACAGUUUGACUGCGGUGCAGGUUCUGAACACAACUACUAGUCUUGCUUUCUUAAUUUUACUAUUGAAACAGGAAAAAGAAAAUGUUUAGUAUUCAUUGUUUUCAUUAAUUAUAUGGGAAUCACAUGUUUCAAACUGAUUCAUAUUGUGUUAUUGGUUUUUAGUUAGUUUAAGUAGACCUAUAGUAAGACUUGAAUGUGUUGUACAGUGUUGACUUUGUUAGUGAAACCACUAAGGAAACUUUACUUUCUCACAAAAUACUGAUUUUUUGUUUGUUUCAGUGACCAUGAUAAUUGUCCUCAUAUCAAGCUACUUGACUGUUAACACCGUUUCUUAAAACCAAAGGAGAAUAAGAGGGGCUGGAUC